GCUAAAGUAUUCUUCACACACUCAUAAAUUACGUGGCCCAAUCACACCAGUACGCAUAACAAACCAUAUGCGACAAAGAAUAAUCUUGUGGUGCUCUUGGAUAUGCCCUUCCCUGUCUUCUGCGAUACGCCCCAGGACUCAGUCCCUUUAAAAACACAUGAAAAGCAAAAGGGGCAGUCCAAUCUCUUCGCUUUUUUACUAGUUAAAAAAAAACUCACAUUCUUUUUCUCUGCUACCAUUCGAAUAUUCGCUUUUUAGUUCCUCGGUAUUAUACCUUUUAUUAUUAUUUCUCCAAACCUAUAAUAUUCGCACCUUCUAGUUCUUUCACAACCCUUUAUAAACCAAACCUCCAUCAUCUCUUUCAAAAUACAGAUUCUCUCUCUAAAUAAAGUUUUUGAAGAAAAAAAAUGCAAGCUUAUGGUAGAAUGAAGAGAGUAACUGACCCGCUUGACGACAAAGUGAAGGCUCGGAUCAUUGGGCGUGACCAGCAGGAACUCGGUUACCUGAGCAGCGGAAGCGAACACAGUGCCCACGCCGAUGAUGAUGCUUCCUGUAGCUUCUCUAAUCUCAUCUUUGGUUUGCCUGAUGAUGUGGCGGCCGAAAAUGUGCCGUCCGAGAAUGAUUCAGACUCCGACGACGGAGAUUUGUCAAUGUACGAGUCGACGGACGUGAUUGAAAAUUUGCCAAAGCCAGUGUUUUAUAGCGAUCUGGAUUUGUUCUGUAUUUUGCUGGCGACUAAGGUUACUAAGGCACUGGAAAUGUUUUCCUUUUUGAAGUCGAAUAAGCAGAUCCUGAGGCGAAAUGUAAUGACCUAUCUUAGGGAUUUUGGUUAUAAUGCCGCUAUAUGCAAGACGAAAUGGGAGAGUUCUGGUGGACUUAAGGCCGGAAACUACGAGUUCCUUGAUGUUAUCCGAUCGGAUUCAGGUAACCGGAUCACUCGUUACUUUAUCGACCUAGAUUUUGCGGCGGAGUUCGAGAUAGCAAGGCCUACGAAUUACUACGAGCGUCUGUCGCAAUCGUUGCCGAAGGUUUUCGUAGGUAAAAGCGAAGAGUUAAAGCAGAUGUUGAAGGUAAUGAGCGACGCCGGUAGGCGAUCGCUGAAAAGCAAAGACCUCAGUAUUCCUCCAUGGAGAAAACACCGGUUCAUGCAGAACAAGUGGUUAGGUGCUUACAAACGGACAACCAACGUCCUCCCGUCGGCAAACUCAUCGGCGUUGUCGUCGUCGAAGCAGACUAACGUCGUUAAGUGCCGGUCCGUUGGGUUUAGCGUUGUCGAUAUUAACAGCCGUUUACUCUUUCCUGCAGCAACCCGUAAUAGAUGAUAGCGACAUGUGGAAAUUACUAAUCAAUAGUUUUAAGAUAAAAGGAUUUUUAUUAGCAAUUUGAUGAAAAUUGUCCUUUUGUGACCUUGAAAAGGAUAACUAUGGUAGAGCGAUAUUAUUAAGAUUAAGAGCCCGUUUGGAUUAA